UUUGUUAACAGAGUGGAAUGCCCCAGUGGGCUAACAGGGGCAGGAUAGAGAGCACCACUGCUCACCACCUCUGCACUCGAACAGUCCCUGAAGCUCUUAAAAAGAGCUUCAAUCUAUACAUCCAGAAGAAGUGGGGAAGAAGAGCAGGAAAAGGAUGACAGGGGAAAAACCAGGCUAACUGGGUGAAGUUGCUUCAGAUGUCUUCCACUGGUGGGCGAGGUGCUUUGAAUGAGCCAUGAUGAGCUCCCAUGUGGGAGCUUCUAGUGUAAAUGUCUCGAACAGAGUUGGAUGUAGCGAAGCUGAGGAUGCUGGUGAGGAAACCAGUACUAAUGAGACUCACACACCAAAAGUGGAGAGAUCUAGGCAAAGGAGUGUAAAUCCAGCAGGCGAGGGAAGGUCAAGCAAUGUGCUGGUGAGACCUGCGCUGUCAGGUGGAAAAGCACGCAAAAAGACCUGCAGUGAGGACAACAAAGGAAGCUGGAGAGAGCAAAACCAAGACAGGGGCGAGGAGACAAUAACUGCUGGAGAUUUGGAAGGCAGAGAAAGAGGGAAAAGCAUGGAAAGAAGAAUGGCGGAAAGAGAUGAAACACAUGGAGAUGAAGCACAGUAUAGACAGAGAAGAGAAAGCACUGGAAGUUUGUCAAGUAAUAAUUCUGAUCAUCAGUUAAACAACAUUUUGGAACUUGGAGAAGGAUCGAGCAACUUGCAGAGAGGACACACCUGCUCUCGACUCCAGAGCACUGGCUGCAACUGGACCUUCACUUCCAGUUCAAACGCACUGUCCCGUCGGCCUGCUGCUCAUACCAGGUCCAUACCCCGGUCACCUCAGAGACCUUUAUCCAGACCAGCUGCAGGAGACUUGCACCUCUACUCACUAAGUUCAUUCAGGGAGCCAGAUCCAUUCUGGGUGGAGGUGAGACCAGUGUCAGCACCUGGGCGAUCUUUGACCUUCUAUGAGCUAAGAGGGGAGGAAGAGGAUGAGGGUGAUGAAGAGAACGUGGAGGAUGGUGAUGAAGGAGGCAGCGGGGUGGUAAGGGUGAUGAGUCAAAGCGUGACCUCAACAGUGGCACAACCUUGUGUUCCUUGUGAGAGGAGGAUGAGUAAAAGGGAGAGGAACAGGAUUAAAAGUCUGAGGAGGAGACAGCGAAGAAGGGAGAAAUGGAGACAAAAUCAACAGCAAGAGAGCAGACAGAGUUCAACAGGAAACCCAUCCAGCAGCAGCAGUGAGGACGAUGAGGCCCUGACUACCGGGGACAGAGAGGGCUACAUCUGCGCUGUCUGCUUGGAUGUGUACUUCAGUCCUUACAUGUGCCACCCGUGCAAUCACAUCUUCUGUGAGCCCUGUCUUAGGACGCUGGCUAAGAACAGCCCCACUAAUACCCCCUGCCCCCUGUGCAGAACAAUCAUCACACAUGUUUUCUUCCAAAAAGAGCUAAACCAAACAGCAAGAACAUUCUUUCCAAAGGAAUACCUUUCCCGGAAACAGAACUUUCAGAAAGCAAGCUGUGCAAAGUGGCCUCUCCCGAGCUGCAGAAAACUCUUCCGCAUCUUUGGAGGCUUCCAGAGGCAGUCGAGUCCUAUUGCUAGACGCCAGUUCCCCCACGGAGAAGGCUACCCUCUGGACACCAUGGAUUUCGAGGAUGACACUCGUGGCUGGCGAUUUGACAUGGACAUGGUCAUCAUCUACAUCUACUCAGUGAACUGGGUUAUUGGGUUCUUCAUAUUCUGCUUUCUUUGCUAUUUCUUCUUCCCCUCUUUUUGAUGCCCUGGCAGAAAUUUUGGGGUAACAUAGAAAUAAGGUAAGGCUGAAGAUAAAAAAAA